AUGGAAACAGGAAUCUUGCAUGGACAGGUAGGCCAGCAGGAGGACAAGUUGAAAGACAAGUUGAAAGAAGAUUUGGGUGGAGGGUUGUUGGAUGAAGAGUUGGAUGAAGAGUUGGAUGAAGAGUUGGAUGAAGAGUUGUAUGAAGAGUUGGAUGAAGAGUUGGAAGACGGCCUGAAGAAAAGACAAACCCACCAGCAGGCAGGCAAGUCGAAGGACAGGUCAAAAGAGGCGUCAGUGCAUAGGCAGGUAGGCCAGCAAGUGCACGAGCAAGAGGUCAAGAGAAAAGACAAGAAGUUUGAAGAUGAAGAUGAAGAUGAAGGAUCAUUGGCUGAUGCAGUGGAAGAUCUGUCAAGUCAAGUCAGCAAGACAACAAGAGAAGAAAAAAAGGAAGUACCAUUGUGA